CCUUAUUCAGAGGUGAAGCAAUAGGAAGAAAUGGGGUAGCCUUAAACACCACGAAAUUAUGAGAGCCCUCGAGUUUUUCCAUACUGUGGAUGAUUUUUGCUUUACUGCAAAGCACAAUCGACUGUCGCACAACUAACAGCACAAGUUCGAUCACAGCAGAUUGGGCUAUAUCUACAGAUCUGGAUGAAUAUGGGUGGUGGAACAACUCCUAGAGUUCGAUUGGUUCGAUGUCCGAAAUGCCGAUUACUUCUUCCAGAAGUCGAAAACAUUCCGGUAUACAAGUGUGGUGGAUGUGACACAGUUCUUGUAGCUAAAAACCGAAGAGCCAUCGUAGAAAGCAUGUCCUUCUUGCAAGAAACAGGAGCUUCUGGUUCAGAUAAAUUGGUUCAUGUAUCUGAAAAUGGAGAAUCUAGCAGCUCAACACCACAGAAGGUUCACUUGAGUCAAGAAAGUGGCUCUCAAUCUGGGGAUCUUGAUGAUAAUUUAUCCAUUGAAGGGCAUUGUAAUGAUCGAAAAACGUCCCGAGAUACUGAUAAAAAAUGUGGAAAUCUGGAUGAAAACGGAUCAAAUGAUGGGCGGGAAAAAGGAAGUGGACAGUUACAGUUGGAAUCUUCAGAAGAUUGCAAUGUUCAGCAGCAAGGAGUUUCCAUUGAAUGCUUUUCACCCACAGAACUUCACCAUGAGAAUGAGGAGUUGAUGGUAGAAGAGGCAAAUGACAAAACAUUGCAGUUAGAAGGUUCUUAUUCGGAAUCAAAGUCUAACAAAAUCGAUUCCAAUAUCCAAGACCGAAGCUUCGACGACCCAUAUGCUGCAGGAGAGAGUAAUUUAACUGUUACUGCUAGUGCAGCAGCAGGGGAAGUCAUGUCAUCUGAUAAUCUUUUCUCUUCUCCGAAUGAACUUAUGGAGCAACCUCAGAGAAGUGAAAAUCGUGUGUUCGACCACGUAAGCCCUACAGAGUCCUUUGAAACUUCGGAUUUUGUCAGCCCUUGCUCAGAGCUCAGUGAUCCUGAUCUUGGAUAUUUGUCUAAAUCCACUACCACACGAACCUCUCAUGCUUAUGAUGGCAGUAUCUCUUCUUAUGAUAGAAUGGAUGAUCAAUUCCUAGACCAGCAAAUACAUUCAUUCAAGAAUAAUUAUAAGGCUGCUAACUAUCUUGUUCGCGAAGAAAGGAAAAGAAAAGAUAACUUGCCUGCCAAAGGCUUGAUGAAUGGUAAUGCAAGAAAUUUUUCAUCAGAUUUGUCGAAUAAGAAGCCUUAUAGCACAGCAAAAUACAGCAAGUGGCAUCGAGAUGAAGCAGUAGAGCCAGUGUUGCAUCAGCGUCCACCCGGAAGCUGGACAAAAUUAGUGAGAGAUGAAUAUCCAUUUCGACAUCCUUUCUCUCAAAGGGCGUCCUUGCGUGGAUACGAAAAUGCCGGUCCUUCACGUGGAUUGCAUGACGAGUUCCCUGAGUACAGUGAACAAGAAAACAUGAAAAUGUUAAGAAUGGUGCGUGAACUGCAGGAUCAGAUUAGCAAAACAUGCAAUCUGAAUGGAAGAAAGACCAGAGGAAGGGCUUCCAUUGAUGUACCUUGGAGGCAAAAGCAUUGUCCUACAUAUUACUAUCCCCAGGAAGAAAAUUUUUAUCCGACGCAUGAGAUUGACAACUCCUGUACAUUCUUCCAUCCUCAAAGGUGGCCACGUUCAGAACAGUUGCCUCCGCCAAUGUUUCGACAAGCCCAAGGAUAUUGUAGAGCCCAAUCGGGUCAUCCUUGUUAUAAAUGCUACAGCAAUCACCCCUCUAGUCCCCACAGAUAUUUGGAGUCUGAUUUUUCUAGUUGGAGCCAUGAAAUGAUAUCUGGUACUAGAGAUCACGAAUUGAAGAGGUAUUCAAGAGACAAACAUUACUCGGUUAGGCGACAUCGCCAGCCAACUGCCGGUGGAGCACCAUUUGUAACUUGUUAUCAUUGCUUCAGACCACUGGAGCUGCCGGGUGAUUUUCUGCUUUCCAAAAGGAGGUUCCAUCAGCUAAAAUGUGGUGGUUGUUCUAAGGUACUUACGUUUUCACUUCAAAAUGGAAAUCAUGUCGUUCCUUAUGAACCGGUUGGAACCAGAACGUCCACCGUGCAAAGUGGAGACCUUCAGAGAUGCGAUGAAUGCAAGAAUUAAGAAUAUAUUGAAAUCCAACAUCUUGUAAACCAUGGUUAUGUGAGAGCAGAUAUGUCUUACUCGAUUAUGAUGGGAGAUUCAUGUAAAAGACAGUAUGGGCUGAAAUUGAAUAGCAUUGAUCUGGUUCUUUUGUAACAGUACAGCGCAUCAGUGAAAUUGAAUAGCAUUGUUGCUAGGUCCUUCCUUUCUCCUCUCAUUGCUUCUCCUUUGUUCAGCUAAUAAUUUUUAGGGUUUUCCCAUCAAUCCAAGUGUAGUAGGAAUUGUGGCAGGAAAGGAAAAAGAAAGCGUUUUCUAACGAUAUAGGGAUGCAGCUUUGCAUC